GUGCACGUGCGGCUUACGCAGUUCGUAGUCGCGCUGUCGCGGGGACGGACGAGGCAACGUCGUAUCCGUCGUCGCUCCGAUCCCGCGAGGGCUUCGGUGACGCUCGCGCUCGAUUCCGACGAGUACGCAAGCGAGGAGAGAGGUCGUUUGAUCGAAAGGGGGAGUGAGAGGGACGAGCAGACUUCGCUCGCCAGCCCGUCGACGCACGUCGCAGAAUGUUCUCCGGUCUGACGAAUCAGGUGUCCACCUGGAUGGGCAAGAAGCCCGAGAACGGCAGCGAGUUGCCACCCGAGCAGAAAGCCGCCUCCCCGGAGGCCGAGACCGCCGCGGAUCUCGAGAAAAAGAACAACACCAGCCCAAAAGGCAAUAAAUUGGAAAUGUUUGCCGGAGUAAAGAGUCAAAUGUCCGGUUGGUUGAGUGGUGGUAUACCUGGGUUAAGCCGCGGUACCGGGGCUGGUGAGGGUGAGGCUCCACCACCAACCGAGACAGAAGAGAGCCAGCCACCUCAAGAGAGCCAGACCUCCGUCGGCGAGCAAGUAAAGGAUGACGAUGCAAGCAGUGCGACCGGUGGUGCGGACAGCGGCCCUGCGAGUUUAGAAGGCACCCCGACCGAUGACAAAAAUGGACAACAGGCAUUUGGUGCCGUUUCCACGAAGGCACUGGCAGGCGCAAAGAGCCUCGGUGGAUUCUUGUACAGUGCCGUUAACAAGGCCGGGAAGACCGUGGUGGAGGCCAGUGCGAAGAUCAAGAAGACCGUCGAAGAGAACAGGCUGAUCGCCGAGCUUAACAAAGAGCAGGAGGCUUUCAUUGCCAGCAAGCAGGCGGGCGAAAAGGUCGAGGCUGUUGCACCAUGGGUCGGCGCGCCGAACGAGGAUGCGCUACGCGAGGAAUGCCUGUCCUUGUCAACCGAUCGACGUAAUUUCGUGAGAGCACCACCACCAGGCGUAGAAUUCGCUUGGGAUUUUGAGGCCAUUCAGCCAAUGGCACAGGCCACUCUUGCCCUGGAUCCAAAUCUUGAAUCCAUGAGGUUCGAGCUCGUCCCGAAAGUCAUAUCUGAAGAAAACUUCUGGCGUAACUACUUCUACCGGGUGUCCCUGCUGCGCCAGGGUUAUGAGCUAAACGCGAUGGCGAGCCAACAGGAAGAAAGCAACCCCAAUCAAACCCUCGCCAGCACCACCGAUAGUAUCGAUCACACUCAAGUUCAAAUGACCACUGGCCAGGCCACCAGCACCGGCGCCACGACGACGAGCAGUAACAGUGCGCUGGCCGAUUCGCCAGGCCACGAGUUCGUGUCCGAUACCAUGAGGGUUUCGGACACAGACCUCGAGGAAGUCCGAGAGGGGAUGAAAAAGCUGGGAAUGCAACCACCGAAAGAAGAAGAUUGGGAACGUGAAUUGGAGGCCGAGCUAAAGGAUUACGAGGUUGUAACGGGUGGCGGCAACGGCGCCAGUCAGGAGAGGAGCAUUGCGUCGAACGCGACCACGAAAGACGUCACGGCCAGCGAUAACGAUUGGGAGAAGCAGAUCGACGAGCUGCUCGCCAACGAGGAUGACGAGGACCUCAAGUGAGCCGAGGAGAUCCUCUUCGUGACUGGAUAAAGGGAUCUCGUCGCUUCACGUUGAGAUUCCGCGCGAACGGGCGAGAUCGACGAGCCUCGGUUUUUCGUAUAGAAACUCUCUCUCUCUCUCUCUCUCUCUCUCCCUUUCUCUUUCUUUUAUCGGCUGAGGGAAGAACGCAGAGUUAUUUUAUAUAUGUUGUAUAUGUUGUUGCUUUCUCGUCGAUCUCGUCGAUUGUGCACAACGAGAUAAGCGAAGGAUGAAGCGAUGCUCGAUAAGAGUCGAAAUGUCAACCAGUUACCUUUUCUACAGAAAAUUAAUUCGGCAACGUGCGAAUUAAUCUGAAAAUAUCAUAAUGUUGUUUUUUUUCAGGAGAGUUUAUUUUAGCGUACAUUUGUCUUUUUUACAGUCGAUUAUUUAAGUUAGUGGCAAGUUCGUGAUUUAACGCGCCAGACACGGAAACGAUGGAUCGAUCUAAGCUCGCACAGGUCUGGCAAGAAUUGUAAAUUCUUUCCGUUGCUCGAUUUCUACUUUGCUACCAUUUUUCUACUUGUUGUACCGUAGAGAGUCCAUGUUAUUCAAAGACGAUAGUCUUGAUCGCUGCUAUAUCGACACGAAUAUGUACAAAAUCCCUUGUCGGAGAUCGACGGGAAUCCUCCCACAUCCGAACCAGUUUCUCCCUUACAUCAAGUAGCUGUAAAGUUAGGCUUCGUUAUCUUCGCUUGUAUUUGCGAACAUCCCCACGAGCUUUGAUAAAAUUGAAUACAAGGUCCCGCCCUUCCGUCGUUGGCAGAUUACAGUUGUAGGGAACUGGUUCGAAGAGAUUCCUCUUCCUAUUUUGAUCCAUCGUCGAUCUCCUAGGCAGGGAAGGAAACAUGAAUGAAGGCGACACGAGAACUCUUUGAGGAUCGGCUCGUCCUCGGGAAACGUAUUGGAACGCAAACGAAAGAGACGUAUGGAUACAGACCGGAAUACCGCACAAGAUAUUCUCAUCGCGUUUGUAGCAAGAGUGGGGAUCGCGAUUGCAUAAAGGCAAAGCUUGUACAAGGGAGUGAGAGAGAUGGUGAACGGUCUUCUCCGUUGUUUCUCUUGUUUCUCCGUAUUUUUUCGAAACAGCACGUUCUUUACGAUCCUCGAGCACGAUGAACAUGCCGGAGAUUACCGUUUCGUAGCUUGAAAUGGCAAGAGAAGAAACGUGUAUUCACAAAAGCACGAUUGCGAGAUUGCUCGUGAUUUUUGGAUCAUAGAAUGACGUUGGUUGUUCUUGUAGCUGGACGCUAAUAAACACGUGAAUUUAUUAACACCAUGUACACUUAUGUCAAUUAUUAGACGGUCCUGUCCGAGAACACGAUAAAUCUCUCCAAAAUUGCGUGAUAUUAAAUUAAUUAAUUUGGGUGUCGAACGCUGUCGAUUAGAGAUAUUGUGAGAAUGCUAGGUAUGAUCGACCGCUCUUCAUCGUGAUCGAAGGAUCAACGACGGUUCGUCAAGACAAAUUACACUGCCGUGUGCCGAAGGACACCGUUUCGAGCGCGGAUCGAUGAUUGUGACGGUCAAUGGCGCAUUUCCUGUGAGUCUAGUCCGCUACAAAAUUAAUGAUAAUUUCGAAAUAAUUAUAAGGCAUAUAAUUUUUAAACACGUUCAAAACAGGGAGAUCCAGCUUCGCGAAUGGAACGUGUGAAUGCGCCGAGAACGUAAAUGUGCCGCUGAUCGUCGUGCUAUUUUCACGCUGCGGUCGGCGCUUUACCGCAACGACGCUUUUCGUUAUUGAUUAUCAGCAAUUAUCGUUGAUCGCGAAGUGGCACGUGCGAUCUACGGGGGGCAUGCCAAAAAUAACGCGAGGACCGGUUCGGCUCGACGGAUAAUACUUUCGAUUCGACGCACUCGUCGUGACUCUGUGCGGAAAAGCGAGAAGGACCUAGGUUUAAUGAUAUGUUUAGCGUGUACGAUGAAACCUGUAGAUAAGACGUGAAGAGGCGAUGAUUAUGAUACUGUUGAGAGGAGAAUGUGUCGUUUUUAAGUUUGUCGAUCGUGGGAGUGUUCCGUUAUGCGUUUGUAUUGUGUCAGAGUGAAUUUACGCUGUAAGGAUGACAUGUUCGCGUUGUCUGUACGGAUGAAAUAUCGUAAUAAAUCAUUGCUGUUGACAAAAAUUUCAGUCGCGUGCAUAUUGUGCUGUAUACAUACAUUAUUAUAUUACCGUGAACUGAGUAGUCUGGAAUAAAAAUCCUCCGAUCGAUCACUCGCAUCCCAGAAUCGCGCGGCGCAACAUUUUCUCGGUUGCGAUUUAUUCUCCGUGUGACAUAUACCGUCCAAUCGUCCUCUGCCAUGGGAGAAACCGGAAGAAACAGCCGAUGAUCUGCAGAUGGCGAGAAUCUCUCGCGACAGUGAAACGCCGCGCUACGUGAGCUUACAAUUGUUUAUAUAAUUUUUUUUCAUGUCAAUGAUGAUCACUGGAAUAUGACAGAUACGGCGCUUACCGGGAUAUCUUUUCCGUGCAGACAAACGGAUCAAAUCUUUAAUCGUGGAAAGAAUCUUUCGUGCGUGCGGAUAACGAUUCAGCAUCGAUCGAAUAACGCAAGAAUGAUGAAGCUCUUCUAGGGUACACUGAAUUCGCGAUCAUUAUCGAGAUGCCAGUGACACGAAUGUGAUAGGACGAAGAACGCGAGACAAGCGGAAAGGUGAACAAACGUCGGAUCGAAGCGAACGGGUCCGAUUAUUAAGCGCGGGAAGUCGAUAUCCCGCCCGAGACAUCCGAAGCGAGCGAUCGGAACAAGGGGGACUGGAUUUAUGAUGGGGCCUGGGAAUGCGGGGUACGUUGGAUGACGCGUUUAAUUAGUAUAUUCUUAUAUGGUUCUAUUACACUAAAAUCUAAUUAUCUAAUUAUCUUUUUGCGCAUCUCGCAAUGAAGCGGUGCUCCGACGUCCCACCAUAAAUCCUGUUCGGGUAACAAAGCUGUCGAGCAAAACAGUAAACCGCUGCGUUUCUCGUCGAGACGUUCGUUUUGCGUGCGCCGCUAUGCUGAGUCCGGUUUUUCGGUCAAUUUAUACACCCCGUCUUUUUCUAUCCCUUUUUUCGAGUAGCAACUCCAGAAAUAAAAGAUGAGCACUGCAGCUGCGCGGUGGCGAAAUCGUUUCCUCAAAAACCAGAGCGAUCAUACGAUAUCACUGAUGAUACUCCUCUCAUACACCGCGAGCGCGCGCGAGCCUCGAGAAACGCUGCUUCAUCCGCGUUCAUCUUUUCCCAAAAAAUCAAGCUCGUUGUAAAGUUUCCAUUCGCGUUAGUCGAUAGGCAAAGUCUUGUAAGAUUUACUUAAGAAGGCGCAAUUCACCCAGGCCUAAGUCUGUCGAAGUAAUGCAAAGGCGAUAAUCGCAUUUAUCCGCACCCAAUCAUUAUACGCGCGCGGCCUCGGGCCGAGACCUCACGUCAUUCCCCGAAACCUUCGACUGUACAAAUUCAAUCGCGAGACAAAUUUCUCCCUCGCUCUUUCUCCGCCUCUCUCUCUCUUUCUCUCUUUGGCUGAAGAUAAGAAAAAAAAGAACACGAUAAAUUUCCGCGCGCGAAAACGUCAUCCUACUUUCCGCGAAAAUGGCAGAAGAUAAACGCGAUGGCCAGAAAACGAGGUGUACUUCGGCAGAAUACAAAGUGAACUCUGUGAAUUAAUUGUGUAAUAAAGCUAUCCUACGGUACUGUGCAUUCACUCGUAAAAAAAAAGAGAAAAUGAACAUACACCCGAUAUCUAUAUAUACAUAUAUAUGUAUACACGUAUACAUAUGGAUAAAUAUAUAUAUAUAUGUUGUUGACUUCAUUGAAAGUAUGAUAAUAUAUUAUGGAUAUUAUAAUGAGAAUAUAAUGACAAGCGCAUUAAGACAAAACUAUUGAAGAAAUUAUUAAUGUAAUUGGGAAAAUGUAACAAUAAAAAAAAACGUAAGAAA